AGCAGAAAUGUCUGAAGAAAAAUUAAAUGACUUAACAGGAGCGUUGUCCUUGGCAACAGAUGCUAUCCCAAUGUCACCAAGGCAAUCACCUGAAAGUAGUAGACAGUCUGUGAUACCGGGACAAAAUGAUCAGAUACAUGAUGAGCGGACAAACACAGGAACAGAGGUGCAGCCAACGGAAUCCUUAGAAAAUAUACCUGACCCACCAACUGAUUGGAACUUUAAUAUUUUACUAAACAACAUAGGAGAGAGUCUAUCAGCUGAAGAUCUAAGCAAAAUGAAGUGUCUUUUUGAAGGUGAGGGUGGAAUAGGCAAAAGCGUCCUUGAAAAAAUUAAAUUACCACAAGACCUUUUUCGAAUAUUACGAACACGUGGUUACAUCAGUCGUGACAACCUCUUGUAUCUUCAAGGGAUCCUUUACUUGGCAGGGAGGAGAGAUCUUAUUCAAGAUGCAUUGGACUAUUCUAAAACAGUUGGAAACGUUUUGCAUUUGUAUGCGCCAUCAUAUCAGCCAGAAAAUGGUUACAGAUUCGUAAAAUUCCAUGUUGCUGGUAGAAACUUCAGAAAUUAUUCAAGGAAAGAUGUAGAGCUUCUGCGUUGUAGAGUACAGAAGCUGCUCUUUGUGCCAGAGAAGUUUGUCAUUAUAAGUGGAAUUGAACCAUCCUCAAGCUUAGUUAUCACAUUUAUGAUACCCGAUAUGUAUGUUGAAAUACUGCAAGAUUUGCUAGUGGAAGGUGAUGACCUUGUCGAUCUACAGGAGAAUGGUGUCGAUAUUGUUGAAAUAGAUGGAAAAGUUUACAAUAUCAAAGGUACCAGCGAGAGUCUCUGUGUGGAAACGGACCAGCAAAUCAAGUUGUUAAAUGUUUACGAGCAACUUCAACAGACCAAAGUACGCCUUGACAGUAGUGAAAUGGCAUGCAUUGACCUUUCGCGUCAGAUCAAUUACCUUCAGUCCAACAUAGACACAACGGAAGAGAAACUACGCAAAGUUGUGACAGAAUUGGACUCUCUAAAAAAAGUAGUUUCAAUGUCAAGAGAUGAAACACAACCCGCGUCCCUAAAAGAACUUACCAGUCUGAAAGAAUUUACUGAAGCUUUACAUCAAAUUAAUAUAGAAACGGUCGACAAGAAAGCAGUUCAAAGGUUGAUUAAUGCCUCUGUAAAUAUAGUAUCUACAAGAAUGAGGGAAGGUCACAGGAUACAGGAACAAAGUUUACUGCUCGAUUUGCAGAACAUGCAGUCACAACUUAUCCCCCUGAUGUUUGAGCUUGAACAACACAGAUUUUUAACGGAUUUGAGCCACAUCGAUAAAUCUGUGCUCGACGGAUUGCAGUUGCUAUUACAAUCUCUCAAAGCGCCAACACAAAUUUCCCUGACACCGCAUGGACUACAGAUGUUGAAAAAGAUCAGCAGUAAACUCCGCUAUAAAGAAAAAGAAAAGCUUAGACAGAAAUAUCAAUGGACUCCAGAUGGCAAAAUUGAGAAAUCCAUGGCAGAAGACCCAAACCUAUUUCUUGCAUGUCUCUACCAUAAGGAAAUAGAAAGAACAAGAUUAUAUAUCCAUUGCCAAAGCUUUGUAGCAGAUUGCCUGACCGAAGUUGGCAGAGAAGACUUGAAAAAGUUUCUGGAGCCCAAACCGCAACCGAACCCACCGAAUCCACCGAGCCCACGCUACUUUACCGAGGCAAGACAAAAGGCAGAUCCUUCACAAGGUCAGAAUAGUCAACAGCAUCAAAAGCAGCAACAGGCACAAAGGCAAGAGACACCACAGUUUCAGCCACAACAUCAAGAUCAAUCUGUUCUUAUCACAAGAAUGGCACAACAAAUACAAGAGAUGUACAACACCUUGCAGACAAAACAGAAUAUGUACGCAUCAAAAUUUGAUGACUGGAAAACCCCGAGCUUUCCAUUUUCACCACAAGCGUUUCAAAAUACACAGCGAAUUUAAAAUGUCAUUGGUCGUUUUUAUUCUCGCUAUUUUUAGAUAUUGUUCGAAUAUUCAAAUUUUCAGAUAGCUGUUUCUUGUCAGAACAUUAACUUAGAAUUAUCUGACGUAAAGGAAGUUAUCGCUUUGUCGGAAUGAAUUUUGUUUUACAGGAAUAUUGCUAGAAAUCGAUGCCUCUUAUCACACAAGUAGAAAAUAUAAACUAGCUCCAGUGGCUUGUUGCUUGUAGUUACUAAUGAAGUGAACACAGAAUUAAAGUGAUUUCCUUCCUAUAAAAACAAUGUAAAAAUAUUGAAUAUAUUCCAAUUUUAUUUUGAUAUGUGAGGCCGGCCAACCUAGUUCCUUUUCUUUAGGGUGAAACAUAUUGUUGAUGUUUAUUGUAAAGAUUAUGUUCUAUAAAUUAUAUAUUUAGCGUAACACUUCUGUCACCGUAAAUAUGCUAUUAUAGUUUUAAUAAGGUUUAGAAGUAUGUCUAUCAUGAAAACAGAAAUAUUUGGUAAAUAAACAACAUCUUUACCAGGAAUCUACCUGUUCAUUACAUGUUCAACUUCUACCGUGCUUUCAAGUAGGAUUGGACAAAUUAAAUAUUCUCAAAAGUUGUCAGCCUUUAAAAAGGAAUGCCAUUCGUAAAGAAAU